AUGGCGAAAUUGUAUGUUCAGGCGGUGCCGCCGACGGAUCUGAAUCGGAACACGGAGUGGUUCACGUACCCCGGUGUGUGGACCACCUACAUCCUAAUAUUGUUCUUCUCGUGGCUGAUUGUGCUUUCCGUUUUCGGCUGUUCUCCUGGCAUGGCAUGGACCAUUGUUCAUAUCACCCAUUUCCUCGUUACUUAUCACUUCUUUCACUGGAAGAAGGGAACACCAUUUUCAGAAGACCAGGGUGUCUACAAUAGGUUGACUUGGUGGGAGCAAAUAGAAAAUGGCAAGCAGCUGACUCGUAAUAGGAAGUUUUUGACAGUCGUACCCGUGGUGCUGUACUUAAUAGCCUCACACACAACAGAUUAUCAACAUCCUAUGCUCUUCUUAAACACACUAGCUGUUUUCAUUCUGGUAGUUGCCAAGUUCCCACAGUCAUAUGAAAAAGCAUUUCUGGUGUCCCGUCUCAUAUAUUUGACAGCCCAGGUUUAUGUUUGUUGA